AUGGCGAGCGCGUUGGCGGGCGCGGUGCACUUGCCCAUACAGCGACAAAGCGGCGCCCAGAGAGUACAGAAAAGAGGCGGCGUAUCUACAGCGGUUGCUGGUGUAGGGGACAACAUGGAUGUGACAUACAAUGUCCUCGUCCAAGUUGGAGGCACGCUGACACCUUUGAUCCUCGACACUGGAUCGUCUGAUCUCUGGCUUGUGUCUGAUGGGUGCAGAGAACGAUGUCCGGCCACCCGCGUUCCGCUCUAUUCGCAGGCUGCCACGAAACCCGUCGGUCAAGACGUGUCCUUACUCUAUGGCGACUCUAGGACAGGCACUCACGCAUCUGGCCCGAUCGGGAUGGACACGGUCUCUAUAGCUGGUCUAUCCGUCCCGGACCAGUACUUCGCUGCUAUCAUAGACACCAACACUACCGUUCUCGACACUGGUUCUGCAGGCAUCCUAGGACUCGGCUUUCCUCCUAUCAGCGUCAUCUGGCGACAACUUCUUGCUUCGCGUCUCGACCAAACUAUGCCCUCUUCACCUGGACGCAUUCCCUCUAUAGAGUCGCGUUCUGAACUAGAUCCUCGAGAAGUGCCGCGGGACGCCACAAACAUACUAGACUCAAUCACCGACACGUUCUCUACGCUAGGCCCUCUGCUCACUAGGCUGGUCACACUGAAGGUUCUCGAGCGUCCUCUUGUGGUAACUACCUUGCAAAGGGACACUAUCUCGUUCUCUGGGAACGACGGCACGCUGUCUCUGGGCGCACUUCCUUAUGGAAUCACAGACGAACAGCUAUCGUGGGCUCCUGUGCGCUCCUAUUCAGUUAUGGAGGGUGGUAUCCCCGCGCCCUCCUCCGCCCCAAACGAGGCAAGUGUUUAUCCACUCCUCUGGGAGAUUCCGCUGGACGACGUCUACUUCGACGGCACCAAGCUGCCUCGCUCCGGGCUCUCGUCGCCUGAUAUCUCGUUGUCAGCAUUGGUGGACACCGGCAACUCGCUCAUACGGGGUCCGCAAGACGUGCUGUCCUACAUCUUGGCUCAUUUGAACUUAGAUGCUAUGGGCACAUUUGAUUGCUCGACCCCGCAUAACCUGACGUUCAUAAUUGGAGGCAAGCCAUUCCCCGUCGAUCCCCGCGACUUUGCACACCCUGCCGCCGUCAAACCCGGGACUGUCUACGCGGACGAGGUGGCACGCUGCAUUCCCGCCCUGGCGCAGACAGACCCGCCCGGGGAGGGCGGCUUCAUGUAUAGCUGGAGCUUGGGAGACCCAUUCCUCAAAUCGAAUAUGGUCGCGUUCUACUACGGCAACAUGACACACCCGUCGCAAGACCCUGCCCGUGUCGGAUUCAUGUCGAUGGUCCCGUCCGACGCCGGCUACGCCCUUGAAAAAGCUGUGGACGCCGCAAUCGCCAACGGCGGCGUGUUCCUUUCUACGUCCGAACCUGCUCCCUACGCUACCGCUGCGCGCCUCGUGAGCACCAUGACGAUGGCGGAGAGCAUGCCUGGGAUGACCCAAGGUUCGCCUGGAGCUUCCAGCAAUGCGGCGCGGGCGACUCUCGGUGCGACCCCCUCCGCAUGGAUCGUCACGCUGAUCGCCGCUUUCUCCGCAGGGAUCCUGGAUUUGAUUACCUAG